UCGCGGCCGACCGGCUGCGCGCGCAGGUCCCCGGCGGACCAAUCGCGCGCCUCGGUUGCCGAGCCGCGGCGGUGCGCGUUCGAACCCGUUCAGUGUACUCCGGUCCGUUGGUGGAAGCGGUAUCGGCCAGAGCGCGAUUUUUUCCUUCCGACCCUCCCGACCCUCUCGACUCGGGCAACGCCGCGCGUCUUCGCCCGGGAGGAUGGUGACGCAGUGCCCGCGUGGUAUCCGGGACUCGAACCCCGCGUCCAUGUGAACGCGCCUCGAGGGCCGCCCAGGCAGCCCUGCGGAGGAUGGUGUGAGUGCGACCCGACACCAAGAAGAACACCAUGGCGCCUCCGGACAGACACAGGCCGUCUCGUCCCGGCUCCGGACUCAGCCUCUCGGUUCUCGACCUGGCCCAGAUCCGGGCCCUGGUCGAGUCCUCGGGGAUGUUCGGCGGGGCGACCUGCCCCUCCUGUGAGAUGCCCUUCGACAAGGGGAAGAAGAGGCGCCUGAUAGACUCCUGCGGCCACGAGAGGUGCUAUUCCUGCCUCUUCCGCAGCGAGGCCUGUCCCCUGUGCCUGGAGGCGGUUCCCAGGAUUGGGGAUGACUUCCUGGGAGACGAGGAGCGGGACGACCUCCUCGGGGGCCCUCUCGGGGAGGGCCCGCGUUCCGGGCCCGUGUCCAUCCUGGCCGGCACCGACGACUGGCCCGACGACGCCUCGACCGUCAACUCUCUCUGUGGCAGCCCCAGGCCCAGAUCCAAGAUCUCCACCAGGGGGAUCCUCCCAGGUCGAGUGCACAGAGACGAGAACGGGCCCACGGGAGCGGCCGGGAAGGGCCUGAAGUCGAAGCCGCCCUUGACCCCGCAGGACCCGUCGCAGCCCAGACACAAGUCCCAGUUCAUGGCGCAGAGUUGCCCGACUCCGCCCAACCAGAGGAAGAGGUUCUUCCUGAGCCCCAAGGUCCUCCGGAGUCCCUUCGCCCCCCAGAGGGCGGCCAGGAGGAGCGCAGCUUCCGGAGACCAAGGAAACGACAACCCCUCGGCGUUAUCGGAUGACGAAGGCGGGAGCGUCAAGCCGUUGUCCGCGAAGACGAGGAAGUCGUCGCAGUCGGACCUGUACAUGCGGCUGGGGCUGCUGCUGGGAGCGGGGCAUUCCCGCGGCGGACCUGGCGGAGCGGACAACGUCGACCUGGCCGGGAUCCCCGGCAGAGGAGUAGCGGGGGUCGGCUUCUGCCCCAGGACGCAGGCGCGGCCCCAGGAGGCGCAAUGCCACCACGAGAGCUCGGCCGCGUCGUUCAGCAGCCUGACGAGCUUCGAGACCCAGACCCACGCCUCGACCAACACCAGCCCCGUGUCCACCCUGACGGGGACGUCGAGCGAGGCGGAAGCCGCCGCCGCGGCUCUGCGAGGACCUCCCAAGCCGAAGGGGAAGACCAAGGGGAAGGGCAAGUCCAGGGAGUGCGACAGCGCCGGGAGCCUGGCCUCCAUCUCCACCUCCGUGUCCGCCUCCACGUCCAUGUCCAUGUCGAUGUCGGUCUCCGUCUCCGGUCUGUCGAACGGCAGCUCGAGUCCGCUCGCGCCCAGGAGGCAUUCCGCCGCGGCCUCGCAGCCCGGGCAGAUCGACGAGCUGGGACAGUUCAAGAACAGGAGGUCCUGCGCCCGCAAGUCCGCCAGAGCUGGCAACCCGAAAGGAGGGCCGAUCGACUCCAAAUUGCGCUUCGUCCAACACCACGCGGUCCAGUUGACGCUCAAGCCGUUAUUCUUCGAGGUUCCUCUGCCCGAGACCGACCCCCUCUUCACGGGCCGGCAGUGGCUGCUGCACGAGCUCGAGAACGCGAUAAAUGGCUCGAGUCCGGGCGCGCUCGUGUCCGGAUCCCCCGGCACCGGUAAGACCGCCUUGGUCCUGCAGCUGGUGGAGCACAGUUGUUUCGGCAGGAGAAGGGAGCAGCCGAUCAGGAUGGAAGCCUGCGACCUCGGGGACGAGAGGGACAAGCCGGCCGGUCUGCGCGCCAGCGUUCGCGUCACCAACGAGAAGGUCCGCGAGCUGGCCUCUCGCGUCGUCGCGUACCACUUCUGCCAGGCCGACAACAACAGCACCUGCCUGGUCCCCGACCUGAUCCAUUCCUUGGCGGCGCAGCUCUGCCAGGCGCCGCAGCUCACCUCCUACCGGGAGUACCUGCUGUCCGAGCAACAUCUUCAGGGUUCCCUGUCGCAGAGGGAGUGCACCGUCGACCCGGACCUCGCGCUCUCCAGGGGGAUCAUCGAGCCCCUCUGCACCCUGAGGAAGGCCGGCAGGCUGCCCGAUGCCAACAUGAUCGUCCUGAUCGAUGCCGUCUGCGAGGCCGAGUACCAUCGACCCGACCGGGGCGACACGAUAGCUUCGUUCCUGGCUCGACACGCGUCCAACUUCCCGAGCUGGCUGAAGAUCGUCUGCACCGUCCGGACCCAGCUGCAGGAGUGCGCCAAGCAGUUCCCCUACACCAGGAUAUCCCUCGACAGGAACGCCAACGACACGGUCGGCAAUCGCGUAGCCAAGGACAUGGCGGAUUACAUCGGCUACAGGCUCGUUCAGAGCCCGGCGAUUCAGACGAACGUGACCGCCUCGGUGAACGGCAAGACCGAGUCCUCGUGCAGCGCGAAUCAGACAAGGUUCGCGUCCCACCUUCUCGCUCUCGCCCGUGGCAGCUUUCUCUUCGCGAAGCUGACGCUCGAUCUCAUCGAGAGUGGACAUCUCGUUGCUAAAUCCGCCAGCUACAAGGUCCUGCCGGUCUCGCUCGCCCAGAUCUUCCUGCUGCACUUCAAUCUGAGAUUCCCCACGGCGGCGUCCUUCGACAAGGUGCAGCCCCUCCUAGGGGUCUGCCUGGCGGCGCUCUACCCGCUCACCCUGCCGGAGAUCUACUACUCCGUCAAUUCCCUCUACACGGAUAACUUCGUUUCCUGGGAGGACUUCUUGCAGAGAUUCAAGAUGCUCUCUGGUUUUCUCGUGAAACGACUGGACAACACCUACAUGUUCUUCCAUCCGUCGUUCAGGGAAUGGUUGAUGCGAAGGGACGAGGGCGAGUCGACCAAGUUCCUCUGCGACCUGAGGCUCGGCCACGCGGCGAUAGCGUUUCGAUUGUCGCGAUUGCAGGCUCCGUUGGACGGCGACAAGGUCCUCGAAUUGGGCCACCACGUGCUGAAGGCCCACGUUUACAGGGGAGUCGCGCCGUGCUGGCCUUCGCGCGACUUACAGGCCGUAUGGUUAAACUACUCCGCGAAAUGCAUCUCGUCGGCCCUGUGCACCCUGAGGAACAUCUACAGCCCCAACGUGAAGGUCUCGAGGUUGCUGCUGCUGGCAGGAGCAUCCCCGGACCACAUCACCGAGUAUUUGGGCCAGGCCCCGGUCCUCUGCAUGUACGCCCACGAGGGCUCCGUCGAGAUGGUCUCUCUGCUGCUAGAAUUCGGCGCCGACGUCGAGCUGACCAACAGUCAAGGCUGCACCGCUCUAUCUUUAGCGGCUGCACGUGGACACUGCGACGUAGUCCGGAGGCUGGCCGCCGCUGGGGCGUCUUUAGGACACGCCGACAUGGCGGGACAGUGUCCCCUGGUGCACGCCGCGAGACACGGCCGACUGUCCGUGGUGGGGUACCUCUUGGCGUGCGACUGGCCCGGACAUAAAGGCGACGGCGAAGGGAGUUCCUCCGAUGCCGUAGGCAGAGAAGAGGCGGCUCAACAGGCCGUCGUUGCUGCCGCCUCUCAGGGCCACGAGUCCAUCGUCGAGUACCUGCUGGACAUGGCCGAGGUGACGGUGGACCAGCCGGACUCGCUCAUCGGCGAGACCGCCCUGACGGUCGCGGCUGCGAACGGCUCCACCGCGACGGUAUCCGCCCUCCUCGCGAGAGGGGCCAGCGCCGCGGCGGUCAAUGCAAAGGGAUUGUCUCCUCUCAUGCUGGCGGCCCGAGAGGGCCACUGGGGAACGGCCGAGAGACUCCUGCAAGGGUCGCUGAGCAGCAGCUCGGAGACAGCAUUGGACGAGUCCUCCAGCCUCGUGGAGCAACGCGACCCCGCUAAGCGCACCGCCCUCAUGUUCGCUGCAGCCGAAGGCCACACGAGUCUGAUCGAGCUCCUCCUCGAUAAGGAGUCCAUUUUGGAGGCCACCGACAAGGAGGGCCUCACCGCUCUGGGCUGGGCUUGCGUCAGAGGCAGGCUAGCGGCAGUGCAGAACCUCCUGGAACACGGGGCGGACGUCAGCACCAGCGACAAUACCGGCAGAACCCCCUUGGAUUUGGCUGCGUUCCAAGGCAAUCCAAAGCUGGUACAACUGUUGCUCGAGAAGGGAGCAGCUGUCGAGCACGUUGAUCUCCACGGGAUGCGUCCCCUGGACCGGGCGAUCGGGUGUCGGAACGUGCCCGUGGUGCAGUGUUUCCUGCGCCGAGGGGCGAAGCUGGGUCCCGCCACCUGGGCCAUGGCUGCUGGCAAACCGGACGUCCUCCUCAUCCUCCUGAAUAAACUCCUCGAGGACGGGAACAUCCUAUAUCGGAAGAGCCGGCUGAAGGAGGCCUCGCAUCGGUACGCGUACGCCCUGAGGAAAUUCCCAAAUCUCACGGACCUCGGCCAGGACCAGCAGAGCCAGGAGCAGAGCUACCCCGUCCUCUACGUGCCCACGUUCGCGCAGCUCCGACUGAACUUCUUACUUAACUUGAGUCGCUGCAAGCGCAAGAUGAACGAGUGCGAAGAAGCCAUCGAACUCGCCGACGAAGCGCUCAAGGCCCGACCUGCCUCGUACGAAGCAUUUUAUGCCAGAGCCAAGGCUAGGGUCGACGUUGGACUCUUCGAGGACGCCCUCGCCGAUGUCCAGGAAGCGAUGCGGAUCGCGCCUCCUAACAAUAGGCAGGAUCGCAGGGUCUUGACUUCCCUUCGGGAAGAAAUCGUGUCCAGAUUGGAAGGCACCGCCCUGGGGACCAGCAAAGGCACCUGCGACUCCUCCUCGAGGACGCGAUUGCGCGCUUCCGUUGACACUCUUACCGAACUGUAACCCCGUGCACGAUUCCGAGGAUCUGCACGAAGGGUCGACUGAUUUGCUGAGCGUAAUCGAUCGACCCUACGUAAGGUACGCGUAGAAAUCACGAAAGACACGACCCCCUCUCACCGUGCAAUUAAAUUCGCCCUUUCGCGACGCGGGCGCCAUUCGGAGUCCCAAGUUUUACCCGGGAACGCAUCAUUUUUCUCCUUUACUUACUUACGUAGAAAAGGGCGCACCGAUGGAGCGUCGCGGUUCAUUUUCUUUUCUAUUUUAUUUCCGAUAGUUUUCUCGAUUCGCAUCUCGGUAGGUGGAGAAAAAAAAUAUUUCGGGAUGUAGGAGGUGUAACGAGCGCAGAGAACUCGCACGGUGCAAUCUCGCUCAACGAGCUUUAUUACGCGAUAUCGUAGGCUUUAUACGAAUUCGAAUUCGAUUUCAAAUCGAACGCAGAGUUUAAUAUAUAUAUAUAUAUAUAUAUAUAUAUAUAUAUAUAUAUAUAUAUAUUAUACAUAUAUGUAUGUAGCUGUCUAUAAGUACGCACGCCCACGUACACGCAUUUGUAUACUACUUUACGUAUUUUUGGAUUUACUGCGCCGCACUUUUUUCUAGUGUUAACGUUAAAAUUAUUUAACGCUUCAUUUCAGUAUUUUCUUUCGUUACGAAAUCAGCGGCGCGCGACUCGCUCGGCGUCGGCAUUGAGACGAUUGCAGUGCAUUUAUCUUGCCAGGUAGUACCGAUUGUUGUCCGAUCGAUCGAAACGUCGAUUACUUGGGUAUCGUUUUUUUUUCCUCUCUGUACCCGCUCGGCACCCGCUCGGCACCCGCUCGGCACCCGCUGGUCGCCGACUUCGUCUUCGACGCGUUCCCAAGCGGAAUGGCGAAUGUACGCCUAGAAAUUGCUGCGAUCGGUGGAUCGCCCAAAUGUAAUCGAAGAAAUAUGCAAUGUUAUUGACCCGUCCCGUCGAAAUGGCGUCAAUUAAACGAACGUUUUAUUCAGAA